AUGGCAGAACAGGCUGUCGUUGACAAAAUGAGCGAACUACACGUGGACGAGGGAAAAAAGGGGGGAAAUGGAGGUGGUAAAGAUGGAAAGAAGAAGGCUAAAGGUGCUGCAGUAGAGUCUGGAGGCAGGGCGGAGAGAGGGCAGAAAAGGAGAGUAAACCCCAAGGUGACCCUCCCUGAUGGGAAAGUGGUAGACGCUGAGUCCUGGAAAACCACACCGUACCAGAUCGCCUGUGGAAUCAGUCAAGGACUCGCAGACAACACUGUGAUUGCCAAAGUGAACAACAGUGUGUGGGACCUGGACCGACCUCUGGACGACUGUAGCCUUCAGUUGCUCAAAUUUGACGAUGAGGAGGCUCAAGCUGUUUACUGGCACUCCAGUGCACACAUCCUGGGUGAAGCCAUGGAGCGGGUGUACGGGGGCUGUCUCUGCUACGGCCCCCCCAUCGAGAACGGCUUCUAUUAUGACAUGUACCUGGACAAUAAUGAGGGAGUAUCAAGUAAUGACUUUCCCUGCCUGGAGAACUUGUGCAAGAAAAUUAUCAAGGAGAAGCAACCAUUUGAAAGGCUGGAGAUAAAGAAGGAGACGCUGCUGGAAAUGUUCAAGUACAACAAAUUCAAGUGUCGCAUCCUGAAUGAAAAGGUCACCACCCCCACUACUACAGUUUACAGGUGAGUCCAAGCCGUGAACCUACAUUAAAACUCAUUUAUGUCUUUAUAUUUGUGCUCCAGAUUA